AUGAGGUUCGCCGAUUUCGCCGUCGAUUUGGCAGCGGUGCUCAGCGCAUCGCGCUCCGUCGCAUCCAAGCAUGUCGCGCUGAGAGGUCGACAGCUUGAAAGCUUCACCAAGGCGUCGAGCUUGACGCGCAAAUCCCCAACAGCGCCUCAGUAUACGCGAGACAAUGCGACAACCCAAACAACCACGGCCACACCUGAGGCAGUGGAAGCUCAGACGCAAGCUACAACAGAAGUGCCUCCCUCGCAAAAUGAGCCGACAUCGCAGGCAGCUCACAUCCCACACACGACUCCGAGCAACUUUCAACCCCCUAAAAUCAACAAUGCAUCCGGGAUUCGGCCAGACUCUGGGUCUGUUCUCUCCCAGUUGAGACAAUCGAAUCCUUCGGGAUUUCCCUGGUCAGAUGCGUCGCCAUUGGAAGCAAAGGACAAAGAGGCCAGUGCCCCUGUAGCUGCUUCUGUGAGCAAGGGGCCGACAGCUUCGUACGGCGCACCUGUUUCCGAGGAGCUCGACGACGACCUCCCGCCUGGUGUCAAUGUUAACAUCUUCCACAGCACCCGAGCCGCCAAACUCCUGGGUAAAGACGAAGAUCAGGCGAAGGAUAAGUUUGGGAACCGGAAGAAGCUUAAGCCCGCUGGCCUGCCUGAGUUUGUCGAUUUCUCCAAGUUGGCAAAGGACAGUCAGAAGGCUUCCCCUCCGCCAAAGACCAGCUCAAAACCUACACAGGAGGCUUCCGAGACCAACGUAAUCGAAGACAGCGCAAUCAGCCAACCAAAGUCGAUUGCGUCAGAGCCCCGGGAAGCUGCGGCACCUUUCCCUGCCUCUGCUCAAUCGGUGUCAAAAGACGAGCCGCCCAUUGAGGCUGUUCUGGAAGCCGCGGUCGACCAGCCAGCUACAACGGCAUACGCCCUCAGAGAAUCAAAGGUGCCGGCUACACGUUUGAGCAGACUUUGGAACUACAGCGGCCUGGCAGCGGGCAUGAUGGGAGGUGCCAUUACCGAAAGUAUCGGCCGGGCAUUCGGCGGCAAGGGAGAGGGUUCCGUGUUGCUCAGCGCCGGCAACAUGGAGAGACUCGUGGCGAAGCUCUCAAGAAUGCGCGGCGCCGCCUUGAAGAUGGGCCAGAUGAUGAGUUUCCAGGACACCAAGAUGCUUCCCGCGCCGAUUCAGGAGGUCCUGCAGAGGGUGCAGGACCGCGCCGACUACAUGCCGGCUUGGCAGAGGGACAAGGUGCUCACGACGAACCUGGGCCCGGAGUGGCGCGAGCUAUUCGAAGAGUUUGAGGAGAAGCCCAUUGCCGCUGCGUCGAUCGGCCAGGUUCACCGAGCCACCCUGAAAGAUGGCGGCCGCAAGGUUGCCGUCAAGAUCCAGUUUCCGGGCGUCGCCGACUCCAUCAACUCGGAUCUCGACAACCUCGGUAUCCUCCUGACGGCGACCAAACUCCUCCCCAAGGGCUUGUACCUGAACAAGACCAUCGACAACGCACGGCUCGAGCUCGGCUGGGAAUGCGACUACGAGCGCGAGGCGCAGUGCCUGAUCAAGUACAAGGAGCUGCUUGCCGACGAACCUGAUACCUUCCUCGUGCCCGAUGUCCACCUUCAGGCCUGUGGUAAGAACGUUUUGACGAUGGACUGGAUGGAGGGCGUCGGUGUCACCCGGGUAAAGUCCUUCACUCAGGAGCAGAAGGACUGGAUCGGCACGCAGAUCCUGCGCCUCUGCCUGCGGGAGAUCACCGAGUUCAAGUUCAUGCAGACGGAUCCCAACUGGACCAACUUCCUCUACAACGCGGAGACCAACAAGCUCGAGCUGCUCGACUUUGGUGCCUCGAGGGAAUAUCCCGAUGAGUUUGUCACGCAGUACGUCGAGCUGCUCGCGGCGGCCUCGAGAACGGACCGCGAGGGUGUGAAGCAGCUCUCGGAGAGCCUGGGUUAUCUCACCGGUCACGAGAGCAAGACAAUGGUGGAUGCCCACGUCAUGUCGGUUCUCACCCUGGCUGAGCCCUUCCUCGACUCGGCCCCUGAGGUCUACGACUUCCACAACCAGACCAUCACCGAACGGGUCAAGGCCCUCAUCCCCGUCAUGCUGCGCGAGAGACUCGCGCCGCCGCCCGAGGAGACGUACAGCUUGCACCGCAAGCUGAGUGGUGCCUUUUUGCUCUGUGCAAAGCUUGGCAGCAAGGUCAGAUGCCGCGAGAUGUUUGCGGCGAGUCUGAAAAAGAACGGAUACACUGUUUAG